AUUGCGAACUUUUUUUAUUUUGUGUAACAGCAUAGAACUGUUUUAUAUUUCGGGAAUUGCGAAAAUAUUUGUAAUAUACAUAUUACGAAUUGACAGAACGUUAUAUCCAGAAAUUAUAAUCACUAAAUUAUCAGUGUUUAUUAUCGAGAAAUAUAUAGAGUGUGUGUCAGCCAUCUAAAACUGCGAUAUUAUGGAAACAUUACUUCGAGCUACUGUAGGGCUUAAUGAUUUUCUACUUGAAGUUAAUACACCACCUUGCUCUAGGGAAACGCGGCUGUCAUGGUUUACGGAACGUGAAUUGUCACAAAAUUUGCAACAUCACAUUUGGGACCGCGAAUCUGGUUUUAACCGAUAUAACAGACGUGGUUCUAUGCCUGUAUUAACGCAUGAGCAGGAGUUUUACAAAAGCUUUACACCCAAUUUAAGUAUAUUGAAUGUUGGAUCAACACUAGGUUUUAUACGUAAAUUCACACCUGAUGGCAAGCUGCUACUAAGUUUCUCCGUUGAACACAAUUGUUUAUGCGUAUAUAAAUAUAUUGGCGUUGGAAGAGUUCAACAUGCUUUAUACGGUAUAGUGGACGAUGUGGUGUCAGCUACGGAUCAAACUGGUGUAUUACUUGCUAAACAAUUGUUUCCACUACUUUGGACAAUACCAAUAUUUCCUGAUAAUCAAACUGAUUGGCAAUUACAUCGUGAAUUUAGCAUUUUCAUUGAUGAGGGACGUUAUGUAUUGAUAGCGACCAAAAAUAUAGCGGCUCAUAUUAAUAUUCCCCGCGAAUAUUAUUUGAAUUUUCCCGAUGUAUUUGAUGAUUCUGACAUCUUUGAUUUCGCAUUUCAUUUGAUAGACUUACAUAAGGGUGUUAUAAGUGAUGUAUAUAGAUUACGUGAUUAUGUGUUUUUAUCGCAUAAUUAUGGUGUCUCAAUUGCUGGUAACACAAUUGCAAUAUUAUCGCGGUGCCGGCAAUGUAUUGACGUAUUGGAAGUACGUGAAGGCAAAUUUUAUAUAAAAUAUCAAGUUAAUAGAGAACAGGAAACAACGAGAAGAGAAGAUCUGGAACAUGAGUUACAAACAAACGGUGUGCCAGAGCCGUUUAUUAAAGGAAUAUUUUCACCAUUAAAGCAACAUUGCUUGUCAUACUUGUACAAAGAAGCUAUAAGCAAUGAAAUUGAAAGACUUGCAAAAUUGCGUAUAUUUUAUAAAAACUUUAAAGUUUAUGAAGAAAUGUUUAUUGCGAAACUGCAACUUGUUGAUGAAGACACCCUGCUAUUACGAUACGAAAUCCCAAAAAGAUCAACGUCAUAUGAUGCCGCUAAUGAAAACUAUACUUCACACAAGCCUAAUUUCAAAUUAUUUGUAUUUUAUUCAAUAUCAGAAGAUUCAGUAUUUAAAAUCUAUCGUGAUAACUCAACGGAAUUAAUCUAUUUGCAACGACACUAUUACGAUUAUUUUCGUAAUGUACGUUCGGCACAAACUGGGAGACCACCAGCAUCAUGUGGCAAUAACCCGUAUUUUCAGAACGCAUUUAAUUGCGCCUUUCAGUCGAGCGGUGAUGUGAAGAAAGCUGCAAUGCGGCUCAAUAGCAAUCUUCCAUUUAAUGCGCAAGGUGCCUGCUGUUCGCCCUAUUUUAACUUCAACAUGUUUGACUAUGAUGAUCGGAGUAUAACUGCACUGGAGGUUCCAAAGAUUUUCAAUCCAAAUCCAAUACUUUUUAGAGAUCGGUAUACAAACGUUUUGAAAUUUCGUUUAAUUUUGGAGACAUCACAUUUAGCUAGAAAUAAACAAAAGCUCCUCGCCUCAUUUGUUUUUCAUCCAUACGAACCGUUUGCAAUAAGUAUCCAACAAGUUGGAGUUAGUUCUUACGUCUUUAAUUUUCAUAUAUUUUCUGAAACAGUUAUUGUAAAACCCGGACCAAGAGUACUGAAAUAUGAUAUAUGGCCAGAUUUGUGUCCAAUCUUUCAUACUUAUAAUUAAAUUUUUGAUGUCUUCCACAUUAUAAAUGCAAUAUGUGAUGUAAACAAAAAGUUUGAAAAACUAAUAUUUAGUUUUUUGCAACUCUUUAAAAGAAAAAUAGUACAAUUAGCUGAAAAUUUUAACCAAUUGACAAUGACUUUAAUUAGUUGAUAAAUAGGUAAUAAAAAUGUUUUAAAUAAUACCUAAAAUAAUAAAUGUAAUUGUAAUAUGUGAUGAACAAACUAAAUACUUAGUUCUUUCAACGUAUUUUAAAAAAAAAAAUUGACAAUGACAAUAAUUAGUAUUAAAAUUAGUAAUAAAAAUAGUUUAAGUGAAACUUACUGUCAAUUCAUCUAAAACAAAUUAAAAUAGGGUUUUGAAAGCGAUUUGCCUUACAUGUCGAAAUGGUUCUCUACAAAGAUUUUAUAUAACGUCUAGUAAUUUUUAUAUGUAUUUUCAAUAUAUUUUACAGCAAAAAUUUAUUAAUAUGUAAAUAUGUAUGUAUGUCUUAUUUUUGAUAAUUGUAAAGAAAAGUUGUGGAAUAUACAAACAUAUGUAAAACUAAAACUUUUAUACUGAAAUGUUGUAAAAUGUCCAAAAUCUUAUCUUCCAACGAUAUAAAAUACUCUAAUUUUAUACAAAACUAAUUAAAAACACGUAUGGAGAAUAUAAAAUAUCGCAAUUUAACUGUUUAAUUGCAAGGAGACGGA